CGCCACGGCCGGGUACGGCGGGGCCGACGCGAUGCGGCAGCUGUGCCGCGGCCGCGUGCUGGGCAUCUCGGUGGCCAUCGCGCACGGGGUCUUCUCCGGCUCCCUCAACAUCCUGCUCAAGUUCCUCAUCAGCCGCUACCAGUUCACCUUCCUGACCCUGGUGCAGUGCCUGACCAGCUCCACCGCCGCGCUGAGCCUGGAGCUGCUGCGGCGCCUCGGGCUCGUCGCCGUGCCCCCCUUCAGCCUGAGCCUGGCGCGCUCCUUCGCGGGGGUCGCGGUGCUGUCCACGCUGCAGUCCAGCCUCACGCUCUGGUCCCUGCGCGGCCUCAGCCUGCCUAUGUACGUGGUCUUCAAGCGUUGCCUGCCCCUGGUCACCAUGCUCAUCGGCGUCCUGGUACUCAAGAACGGCGCGCCCUCGCCAGGGGUGCUCGCGGCCGUGCUCAUCACCACCUGCGGCGCCGCCCUGGCAGGAGCCGGCGACCUGACUGGCGACCCCCUCGGGUACGUCACGGGCGUGCUGGCAGUGCUGGUGCACGCCGCCUACCUGGUGCUCAUCCAGAAGGCGAGUGCAGACACGGAGCACGGGCCACUCACCGCGCAGUAUGUCAUUGCUGUUUCUGCCACCCCGCUGCUGGUUAUCUGCUCCUUCGCCAGCACGGACUCCAUCCACGCCUGGACCUUCCCGGGCUGGAAGGACCCGGCCAUGGUCUGCAUUUUUGUGGCCUGCAUCCUAAUCGGCUGCGCCAUGAACUUCACCACCCUGCACUGCACCUACAUUAACUCGGCGGUGACCACCAGCUUCGUGGGUGUGGUGAAGAGCAUCGCCACCAUCACGGUGGGCAUGGUGGCCUUCAGUGACGUGGAGCCCACAUCUCUGUUCAUUGCUGGCGUCGUGGUGAACACCUUGGGCUCCAUCAUUUACUGUGUGGCAAAAUUUGUGGAGACCAGAAGGCAAAGCAACUAUGAGGACCUGGAGUCGAAGCCCCCAGGAGAGGAAGGGAAACCAAGUGGAGACCAGCUGCCUUUCGUGAUGGAGGAGCUGCCCAGGGAGGAUGGAAAUGGUGGGUCAGAGGGUGGGGAGGGAGCAGGUGGCUCCACUCAGCAGAGUGGGCCAGAGGUGAGAGGCAGCCCCCGAGGGGUCCCACUGGCAGCUAGGAGCUCACCCCUAUCAGUCAGCUCCGAAGAAGCCAGUAGGAGGUCCUUAAAGGAUGCAUACUUGGAAGUGUGGCGAUUAGUUAGGGGUACCAAGUAUAUGAAAAAGGAUUAUUUGAUAGAAAAUGAAGAGUUGCCUAGUCCAUGA